AUGAACGGAGAUCAUUCUCUUAUCGUAUCUUCGAAGCAGCAAAAGUCAUUACAUCUUGACGCCUUUGCAGCUAGACUUGCAAAGGACAAUCUCGCCAAGAUUUCGGCGAAUGGGUGCGUUGAUACUAGUCGCGAAAACGGUGCAGUGAAAAUGUUGGAGGCGAAAAUAGAAACUCGAAUGUGUAUCGAGUGUGGCAGUGGCUUCCUGGGUGGUGGUGCUGCUGAAGUGUGCGACACAUGUUCGGGUGUAGGUGGAGCCAUGCAAAUGGGAGUUGGACUUGUAUGUCCGCUAUGUUCGGGCCUUGUGCUCAAUCAUAACGCGGCCCGAGUUUGUACGUCAUGCAAGAAGUUCGUUCAUCGUGAGUGCGAUAGAUCUGACGUUAAUAUGUCUGAAUUUGUGUGUGCGUCUUGCCGAAGAUCGCCACUUGUUGGUGAUAUCAUGCUGUCUGCUGCAAUCGGGCCCGCCUCUCCUCUGGGAGCUGAGUCUGAUUCCAUCACGGUCCCGUCAUCAACAUCCGCCUCUGACUUGACGUUGAAUCCGUUCCGUUCAAGUUCACCGGUCACUGCUAGUACUGUUGUACCGGAUUUUAAUGUGGACGUGUACAACAUGUCGGAGGGAAUUUCUUCUCCGGCCACCACAAGUGAUUCUGCGCGAAAUUCCCCAUUCUACCCUGAGAAUUCUCCAUCAGACGUAGAUGAGGAUUUUGUUCCUGGGAGCUCCCGAGGUGGUUAUACAUCUCGAGGUCGCGGUGGCGCGAAGAAGAAACCUGGUCGUGGUAGUUCCUCUAAAACGAGAGGAGCAAAGCCACCGGGUGACUCUUCGAUUUUUCCUCCAUCUACGCGAGGGAAACGUGGUAAACGUGGAUCGAAAGUGAACGGAAUUGGAAAAGCUCCCGGAACAGGACGUGGUCGAGGACGAGGGCGGUAUGAUAUUCAAAUGUGUUUGAAAGUGGAUGAGACAAUGUUGGAAGAAGAUGAAGAACGAAACGCACGUGCUGACGAUGUGGAGUAUGUUCGAACGGCUAUCAUAUGUGACUCACAAGACCAGUACCUACAGCAGUCGAGCAUAUGUCUCAUAUGCGGUGCCAUUGGAAAACCUCACACGCAAGAAAAUUCUAUGGUUGCAUGUUGCAAUUGCGCGCAGACCUUUCACACGUACUGUGUCGGCUUACACGACAAGGCAAGUUUUUUUUUAGCUAGGUGCGCACGAUGUCGUCGUUGUAACAUAAGAGUCACUUCUGGUACGGAUUUAACUCGGGAAGGGCUCUGCACUACGUGUGGAUCUCUAAAGAAGUGUCCGAAGUGUUCUAAACACUACAAUAUUGGUGAGAAGAUCAUCAAAUGUAGUGCGUGUGCACGAUGGUAUCACGGAACAUGUGAGGACCUCUACAACGACGAGAUGUUGGAGUCCGCAUCGGCUAACAAAAUGCGUUGCUCGGCAUGUCGACCGAACAGUAGGACAACAUCUGCUCUGAUGGGAAUAAGUGACCAUUCAAGCCUGCUGAUAUGUGAUAAUGUUGCUUUGAACAAAUCCGCUGAGGAGGUGCUACAGUCGCGUUUUAUGCCGAGCCUUUUUCGACCAAAUCCAAUCGAUUCGUUUGGCUACCGAUCAGAGAGUUUUGAUCAUUACGGCAUGGAAGAUGACUACCUACAGGACGAGUUAGAAAUGCUUUCGACCAGCACUCGUGGUCGUGGCAUGGGCCGAGGUGGAGGACCUGGACGGCGGGUUCCGAAACUAGGAGUUGGCGGGUUUUUCGUCAAGAUCCCACGUCAUCGAUUAUUAACCAUGGAAGACGAUCUACCUGAUGAAGAUGGUAAUAAAAAACAAAAAAGACCACGAAAACCUCGCCGAAGCCAGCUUGAAGACGCGUAUCCUCCAGCGAUUCAGGAGGGAUUCUUCGGAAUGCGACCUGUUGAAGGUAAAGCACUAAUUGAUGCCGUAGUAGAAGAGCCAUCAUUGGCUGAAUAUGGUAAAGGAAGAACCGCAACCGCUACUGAAGCUGUAGGACGGGGGCACGAACUCUCUCAUGAAGCCACUGAGCAACUGAAGAAUGAUUUGACAGAGGUCGACAUUCUCGAGAAUCUGGACAUUGGGGAAGUCGAUCUUGAUAAUAUGGAUAUGGAUUUCACCAAUUGGAUGGAAGAUGAUGAAGAUGACGACUUCGAUGACAGCUUGAAUGAUGCGUUCGACAUUGUGAAAGCUGACGGCUUUGAACCGACGACUAGUAGUGAUGUUGCCUCCACUCCUACACCAUCUGUACCAACCGGUCCUACAACCUUUCCAAACGACGUGGCUAAUCUUACUAUACCACCGGCUACACCAGCGUAUUUGUUGCCGAACAACGUCAAAUCGCUGUCGCGGAGCAGUAGUCAGAUGGAUGGAGUGGAAAAGAAUAACCCGACUACAGAAAGGUGGGAGGAAGAUGAGCCUCUUGGUAGUCAAGCAACAAAAGCUGCUGUCCUAUAUGCUAACGAGAAGCACGCCUACCUUAAAGAGAAGUAUCCAGACUGGAAUGAUCGCGUGAAGCACAUUCAACGUUUGUGGCGAGUAUUGGACACAGAAAAUCGUCAAGACUUCGUGAGUCGUGCGAGAGAGAAUCGCGCGAAUCGAGGGAAACAACCCAGAGUGAAACGCGUUGUGUAUAAGCAUGCUGCUGCUGCCGUGGACGAGCGAUUCAAAGUUCCUAGUGUACCUGGAGGUUCGCAAAUGCGUCCCGAUUUCUACAAUCCUGAAAUGGGAGGUCAAAUACCACAAGAAGUCCCUGUACAGCAAAUCCGAUCGACGGCCCAUCUGACUCAGCCUGUACUUGAACAGUACGAAUUGAUGCGGACAAGAACGCUCGAUUUGCAAAAGCAUCAGCAGGUUAUCGAGUCGGAUCUGAAUAGGAUGCGAAAGCAGAAGAAAAAUCUUGCUGCGAAAAGGCGACAGAUGAUGAAAAGUGCUGGAACGGAUGCAGAUGGAAAGCAAAUACCUGUGGAUUUAAACGAACAAGAUCGAAUGGCACUGCAAAUUCUUUUGGAGCAAAUUCCUUCUCGACAAAAAGAUUUGGAAUCCUGUAAACGCGAUCUGAAGACGCAUUUGGCUACUGUCUACGAAUUCGAACACAAGUGGAACAUUGUGCGCAAUGUUGAACCUGGAGAUGCGAUGAGAAUGGCUAUGGCUCAGCGUGCUGCUGCCGGAAAUGCUCCCCAACCUGUAGCGGCAGGAAGCGCACCACUGCCUGGGACGCCGCUUUCCUCGCCAACACCGAUACCUGGGGCUUCAACGCAGUUUCAUCCGCAAAUGGCUGGUUCAUCGCCUCAGUUCCAACAAAUGCGAGUACCUCAGCAGGUUCCAUACGGUGCUGUAUGUGGUCCACCCCCACAGGACAUGAUGCAGCGUCCUCCGAUGCAAGUUCCUAGACCACAUAUGUGGACUCGCGUACCAGCACCUGUUCUUGGUGGCAUCCUUUAUGAGCGGUUGCAGACUCCAUUCGAAAAAGAAGUCUAUGAAUGUUUGGAUGACGUUAUCAGUCGAGUGUCUAUGCAUUUCGACGGACGCGACCCAGCUCGAGAAGGUUCUGGCAUGCUGAAGAGAUUGCUUGAGCCUGCGAUGGGGCAACAAAUGCCUUCUAUGGGUGGUGGUCCUCAGGGUGCACCAAGUCACUUAAUGGACCAACUGGAACCUCCAAGGCCGAAGAAGAAGCGAGCGCAGCAGAAGAAGUUUGAGUCGGUCGGAAUGGGAAAUGAGUACGAUUUGAUGGUGGAGCGUGUGAACACUCAGCUGCGACUUUGCGAGCAAUUGCCAAAGCGAGCCAUGGAACCCGCGCCACGAAAUCCUGGUGCUGUUUUUGCCACAAUGGGUAUCAGCGAUUUGCCUGACAGAAGGGAUAAACGAGCGCUGGUGGGAAAAGAAUUUGGCAAUCUAUCUUUGUCAUUUGUUGAUGACUACUACACCGGUAAAGGUCGUGACACGGAAUGCCUAGAAAUGCUAAGCCUUUCGAUGUCCGAUCUCGCCCCACAAGCUAACCUUCCAGCUCUCACAAAUUUACCACCACCACCAAUUUACGAGAUGGUAGUGGACUCUGAAGAUGCAGCAUUUGGUUCAUUUGACCAAUGGACGGUGUUUGCUAAUUCUCUUGAUCGCCAGUCGUGUGCGAGUCAUAUGCGCGUUGCAAGCAAAAUCCCGGAGUUUACAAUUCCACUCGAACCACGCAGGAAGGUCUUCAGCAUGAAACCAGAGACUGUUGAAGAGGUAGAAGUGUCGCUGGUUGUGAAAGAGGAAACAUCGCUCCCACCAGGCACAGGUGUAGCUGCAUUAUUCGAACAGCUGAGAUCAAUUCUCGGUGUUGAACAACCGAUUGAGUAUCAGUUGGAUACACCACCUCUCUCACCAGAGCCGUCCACAAAAUCCGAAUGUGUAGACAACGUCAAGCGCGAACCUCCGGAUGCUACACAAAAUUCUACCACUGGUGGAAGAUGCCGCGCCUGUGAUCGUAGCAUGGAAGCUGUGCUUAUACAACAAACAAUGAGCCAGCUAGGGUUGACACCGAGCGAUGACGAGGUGGCGUUGUCACCCGACCAGCUUACAGCUGCCGAGUCCCACGUUGAUGAAGAAACGCUCGCAAAGCUGCGGCAAAUAAGUGCUGAAAGUUUGGUCAAGUGCAGUACACAGGCAAAGGUGCUUACGGCAUUUCUGUUAUUUGUUAUCUGCUAUUAUGCUGCUCUACACCCGAAUAUCAUUUUAGAUGCGCGAUUGGAUCUCCGCCUGCUGGUGUCCGGCGCGGUGCCUCCCGAUGCGUUCUUGACAUCUCCUCGUGAUACCCGAUAUGUCAUGGAUGAGGGUCGACGAGACAACGUCCAGCUGACCCCGAGCAACAAUCCAAUGAUGCAACUCAACCGGAAAGAUACUACUAGAUCUCCGGGAGAUGAUUGGAAGGCGUAUAGUCGCGAGCUGCUGCACUCUUUCUUCAAAAUUCAGCAAACCAAACAGGAGCUGGCUCUGUCGCCAAAGAUGGGUGUUGGUUUGGGAACAUCUUUCGAACUCGAUCGACGUGUAUGCGUACUCUGUGGUGGCAUUGGUGAUGGUGAUCCAGCGCUUUGCGGGCGACUACUCAAUCUGAGCGCUAACCUUUGGGUACAUGUAGUGUUUUUGAAACGACAUUGGGAGCGUUACUUCAUGCUGGCAUUCGAGCAAUGGUUCGUGCCGCUGGUUAUUAUUUGUCAUCUGUGCGGGAGAGUUGGCGCUAGCGUACAGUGCCAUAAAGUGGAUUGCAACGUUAACUUCCAUCUUCCAUGUGCUGCGAAAAUUCAGACAGCGAAAUUCGUCAAGGACAAGACCUUCUUCUGCACGAAACAUCCAGAAAUCAGUCCUGAUGUCAUGGUUACUUCAUUGGAGGCGCUCCGACGAAUAUAUAUUGAAAGGGAUGAGAACGCCUUCUUGUCACGACUCUUCGAUUAUUCUGACUCAUGCGCGCGGCUCUGUCUACGAAUUGGUGCCUUAUGUUUCUUCCAAGUUGGACAGCUUCUCCCAGAACAGCUGAAGACAUUCCACAACGCCACGCACAUAUUCCCAAAUGGAUACCAUGUGUCUCGAUGGUUUUGGUCGCCCACUGAUGCGAGAAAGCGAGAGAUCUACAAUUGUCACAUCAAAGAUGUUGAUCAUCGUCCAAAAUUUGUCGUUUCUCACGAGGGUCACACGUACGAAGGAGAUUCUGCUACUGAAGCUUGGUCACAAGUGAUUAACGCAGUCGAGCGGUUACGGUCGCAAACCGAUGCUUUACGAUUUUUGGCGAAGGGAAUCACAGGAGAAACAUUGUUCGGUUUGAACGAGUCGGUGAUCAGCAAAAUCACGGAAUCGUUGCCUGGUGUUGACGGAUUAUUCACGUAUACGUUCCGCCAUCCAAACAGUCCACUUCUGGAUUUACCACUUGCUGUGAAUCCUUCGGGUUGCGCUCGCUGUGAGCCAAGAUUUCGCACUCUCAUCAAGCAUAAACAACGUGCACUUGCCAGUGCGCCUUCAACAAGUCGCUCUACGCAAGACGCCUGUUCAAGCAGUAGUGGGAGGACACGAGGGCGCAUCGCGACUUCGUUUACUGAUGAGCUAGCAGCCGCUCAAAUGCGGGCCAUGUUGCAAGCUUCCGGUAUUGGAUCUGAGUGGGCCUUAGCGUUAGGUGGUCGGGAACCGUUCACCAGCAACUCUCAAAGCUACACUCUUUAUCAAAAAAUGCGAAAGGAUUGGCGUCAAACCGUGUAUUUGGCUCGGUCGAAAAUUCAAGGGCUUGGACUUUACGCGAAGCGCGACAUUCAUAUGGGCGAUAUGAUCAUCGAGUAUAAGGGAGAAGUGAUAAGGAGUGAAGUGGGAGAGAUGCGUGAAAAGCGAUACGUAGCGCAAAAUCGUGGCGUGUACAUGUUUCGUAUCGAUGAGGACUUGCUUGUCGAUGCGACAAUGGCCGGUGGUCCAGCACGGUAUAUCAAUCACUCUUGCGAUCCCAAUUGUUCGACCCGAAUACUUGCUGCAGGGCCGUACCCAGAGGACAAGAAGAUUAUUAUUACUGCAAAUCGCCCGAUAAAGGCGCUGGAAGAGCUAACAUACGAUUACCAAUUCGAGUUGGAAGAUACUACAGACAAGAUUCCCUGUUUAUGUGGAGCGCCAAAUUGUGUGAAAUGGAUGAAUUAG